AGUCCGCGAAGGAGGCAGUAUGGCUUCGCGCCAUACUCAACGCCAUCGGCAGGCGACGACACCACCUUCAACCAUCACAAAACCCGACACCUCGAUAUCAAGUACCACCGGCACGGAGAAUACGGCCGACAUCUUCACAAAAGCCCUACCGAUACCGGCAUUCGAGAAGCUCCGGACGCAGCUCGGAGUCGUAGAGAGGACCAAUCUACCUGAGGAGGAGAGCUGAAGGAAUCCUCGCACUCAUCGCCGAGGAGGAGUGUUGGAAUCGCGGAAGAGGCGCGAUAAGAUAGAGCGGCGAUGACGCUCAAAGGACUUCA